GUUCACUACCAUUCAGAGGUAUUUAGUUAAUAUCUCAGGGCCUUCAGGUUGUGUUGGUAUUCGCAAUCACUUACGACGCCAUGCCCAAGCACACAACACAUAGCAUGGAGAAUUAGUUGUUGCCUGCUGGCCUAGUAGCCUAGGUAAUGCUUUUUAUAGGUAGAUCGGUUCAUUUAGUAGUGCAUGACUACUGCCUUCAGUCUACCUGUGUGUCAACAGCCCGACCCUACCAGUAUUUGGUCAGGGAGCUGUCACUCGUGCAGGUCAAGGCUUCUACCUCAGUUCCAACCACAAGUUGGGCGGUUUCUUCUCAGCAAAGCCCCACUUCGUUGCGUCAGGCCGAGUACCUAAGUAAGUGGAGGACAUGGUAAACGGUGGAGAUAAACUGAAAAAAGAGUGCAGUAAAAAGCUGUCGCCCUGGGACUUAUAGAAAUUCUCAUCCGCACCUUGUUGUGUCUCUCACUACCAGUUUACACCCACCCAGCCACUCUCUUUUCAUACAGAGAUGGCUCUCUGCAAAGUUUGUGAAGAGACGUUGGUGCUGCGUCUUGAUCCUGAGGAGGAUAUAGACGACGAGCGCGGGGCAACAGGCCCCAGCACUUCAGAUUCAUCUGUGCCCGAUGAUCUUGAGCUCCCCUGUGGUUGUCACUUUCACUGGCAAUGCUUGCUUGAUCAGUCUUCAGAUGUAGCCCUGUCGCUCAAGUGUCCCAGCUGCACCGCAUACCUUCCUGUCAACGAAGGGGGCCCUUCGGUGACAAACACUUUCCUCUCAACCCCCCCGGGCACCGCAAUAUUCACAAGAUAUACGAAUGAGGGCGGCAUUCAGGAAAACCUGGAUAUUCUUCCGUCCAUCACUGAAGAAGCAUAUCUUGAGAGUAACCCCGAGGCGCGCCCAGCUCGCGCGCUCCAUGUCAUGUGCGCGGAGGGUGAUGUUGGCGGCGUUGUUGAACUUCUCCGAGACGCUGGUAAUAGUAUUGGAGAGCUCACAGCCUUUGUAACCUACCAGGACCCUUUGGGAGACAUGAAGAAUGGGUUGCACCUUGCGAUCGAAAACUCACAGGAGGAAUCGCUAUGGCUGUUGCUUUGGCUUUGUUCCACGAUCCCGGACUCUUCUUUUCCGGAGUAUGCUCGCUCUGUGGCUGAGGCGACAGGUGUUGGCCGCCUGUCGGUGAAUAGAGAAAGGGACAUUCGUGGGUUGCGAGACAGCCAAGGUAGGACAGCUGCAGACCUUGCCCAACAGCGACAGGAACAAUGGGGGCAUAUUCUUCAGACAGGUUUAUUAUCGCUGUAGAGUCAGCAGGCACUUCUGUUAAUGGCGUUCAAAAGCGGCUGUACGACUAUUGCUGCAAUCAAACAAUAUGGUUUAUGAAGUUUAAAAAUAUAUAAGGCCGCAUCCCUAAUUCUGUGCUUCAUCUUCAAGAUGCUUUUCGGGAUGAAGCCCGGGGGCUGUUAUAGAGUCCUAUAAGCACCUAGGCACCUAGUGGCUUGUGGAAGCUCCUCCGACCUCUCAGUAUUCGUUUGCCGACGAGUUCCAGAGAAUUCGGUUGAGAAGGGAGACUUGAAGAAAGA